AUUGAUUAUAAGUAAAUGGAUUCCAUCAUCCUCAACUCAGUUAUGCUGUUAAACAAUCUGAAUACACUUGUGAUGGCUCAAGUGGCAACUAACUAUUGAUGUCAUGGAAUAUUGGGUCCUCAUGAACAGUCUGGUAUCAUAACAGCUCCUACUAUCGGUUUAAUUAAUGUUCGCAAUGAGCCUACAUUCUCAAAAGCAAGUCAAUCUAAGGCUUCUGGAACUCAAUGUGAUACAGUAAAGCAGAAUAAAGAUACUUCUAAUAAUUCUGAUAGUGGAGAGGUUCAUUACAAGAACUACAAACAAGUCAAGGCAAUCUGUUCUCAGCAAGAUCCUGAUAUUUCAAAGGCUCAAAUCUACGAAAACUUGCUGGAGCCCUUCAAGUAUGAACAAAAAGUUGUGACUACUCCAGUCACAAACAGAGAGACCACUCUGUACACCUGCAAGUACGGCCAUUGUCGCAAAACUUACAAUAAGGUCUGGAACAUGAUCGAUCAUGUCAGAAUGCAUGAGGGCAUCAAACCCUACAAGUGUGAACACUGCCAGAAAGCAUUCACACAGAAAGGCAACUUGAAGAAACACAUGAGACAGCACGAGUUUGAAACUGUAGAUGACAGAAGAAGAUUUGAGUGCGAAAUCUGCCACAAGAAGUACACCCAGAGAUACAACCUCAAGUCGCACAUGCUAGUCCACAGAUAAACAAGGAACUGAAGAUAAAUCUCAGAGAAAAAUGAAGCAAACGAAUGGAUCCUAAUUAAUCAAAUAAAACUAUUGA